AUGGCACCCCCAUCACCACAGAGGCACAGGGAUGACGACACGGAGGUGGUGUUCACGCAUGCAGAUCGAAUGAUUAUCAUUAUCCCAUGCAUAAGACCGGCCGUUGGGCCACAUGAUACGCGUAGAAUGAUGGUCGGCUGCAUUCAUUCCCCACUACCAGAUUACGGUAAACCAUAG